AUGAACAAGACCCCAAACCGGCAACACCAUGAACGAGAGACACUGCCAACCGCGCCUGACCUUGAAGCCAACAAACCUCUUCUAUCAAGAACAUCAACCCUCCAGACACGGUCAGAUGAUCAACGAGUACCCAUCUUCUGGUCCGACAAAAGUUCUACAGCUUCGGAACGAGGAUGCCUGUCUCAUUUUCGGCUUGAUGCAAGAAUCGUGUCGGAUGCGAUCCUAGGACUGUCGGAUGGACUUACUGUACCAUUUGCCCUUACAGCAGGGUUGACAGCGCUUGGAGAUACGAGAGUGGUGGUCCUGGGAGGCUUGGCCGAACUCAUCGCCGGUGCCAUAUCGAUGGGUCUUGGAGGAUAUGUCGGUGCCAAAAGUGAAAUAGAGUCAUACAAUGCACUUGAUCGAAGCUGCAAUGACCUGAUCUUGCAGGAGGCGGACACAGCAAGAGACUAUGUCCAAGAGUACUUUGAGCAGUUCGGCCUGUCUACCGAAGACACAAAACGUGUGGCCGAUCACAUCAAGGGAUCGACGCCUGGAUUGAAGGAAUUCCUCAUGCAGAAUCAUUUCCAUGCGGCGAAGCCCGAUACCGGUCGACCAUACCUAUCGGCCCUCACUUUGGGAUUAUCAUACUUCAUCGGCGGCUUCCUUCCACUGAUACCUUAUUUCAUCGUCCCAAGGGACAAUGUUCUGGCUGGAUUGUUGUGGAGCGUGGGACUCAUGGGUGUAGUACUACUGGUUUUUGGUUAUGUGAAAACUGGAGUUGUUCGGGGCUGGACCGGUAGAGAGAACUACCAGGCCUGCGGCGGCGGCGCCCUGCAGAUGCUGGUUGUUGGUGUGAUCGCGGCAGGUGCUGCUGUGGGUUUGGUAAGGUUAAUCAAUCAGACCUAG